AUGCAGGUUGAAGAAGAUCUAACACAGAAAAACAAGCAACACCCGUGUAGAAGAAUUACUAAGAUGAACAAAGAGAAUUCGUUUUCAAGUAUUUCAAUGUUAAAGAAAAGAGAAAGGCUUGGCAAAGGGAAGAGAUUAGAUGCAUACACAUACAAAAAGUUGUUCCAAAUUGCUGGGAAAAAGAUGAAGGAGAUAUCUCAAGGAGGUGAUCAUAUUACCACAUUUGAUGCUUCAAUGAAAGUUGAUGCAACAAUUGUCAUGAAAUCUUGCUCGGAUUCUAAACAUGAAAAAAACCAUAGUGCUGAGCUGGCAGAGUUUCAAUUGAAGGUAUCAAGUGAAGUCCAUGAUCAUGUUAACAAACUUUGUGAUUAUUGGAAAAAAGGUCAGAAUUCUGUCUUCUUUGAUGGACAGGAUCGGAUAACUAAAGUGGUGUUUUUUGUAUUAUCAUUGCUGGAAAAAGUGAAACAACCUAUUUUAAUUUUAACUGCUUCAAGAUGUCUUUCAUUAUGGGAAUCUGAAUUUUCCAAAUGGUCAAAUUCAACCAAUGUUGUUGUAAUAACAUAUAAAGAGAACAAAGAUGUGAGAGAUGCAAUUAGAUCCUCACAAUUCUACACUGAAAAUGGAUCUAUAAAGUUUCAAGUCAUUUUAUCUUCUCCUGAUGCCAUUGUUGAGGAUUUUGAAAAGCUUGAUCACAUAAAAUGGGAAUUGAUAGUAAUAGACGAAUGUCAACGCCCCAUAAUCUCAAAGCAUUUCAAGGAAAUUAAAAUGCUUGUGUCAGAUAUGAAGCUGCUAACAAUUACUAGUGAAAUAUUGGAUGUGAAGCAUAGCUACCAAAAUUUUCUUUCGUUGCUUGAUUCCAAAUAUGAAGAGACACACACGGAUGCUGACAUGGACGCCAACACAUUGAAAGAAAAACUAUCGCCUUUUAUUGCAUUUGAAUUAAAAUUUAAUUCAUCUGAAAUUGAAGAAUAUUGGGUUCCACUUCAUCUUUCUCAUAUGCAAAUGGAACAAUAUUGUUCCUUGUUGAAUUCCAACUUUGAGUCACUUUCACUUUCAUCAUCUUCAAGGAACAACGCUACACUUCAUGACAUUCUUACCAAAACUCAGAAGUGCUGUGAUCACCCGUAUCUCGUGGACCCCACUCUGCGUAAAUCUUUGAAGAAAGAUGUUGAUAAAUUGGGUGCUGAAAUUAAUGCAAGUGGGAAGCUUCAACUUCUUGAUAAGCUUUUGUUAAAAAUCAAAAGAUAUGGUUUGAGAGUAAUUGUUCUUUUUCAGUCAGUGGUUAGUUCAGAAAAGAUAACAAUUGGAGAUAUUUUGGAAGAUCUUGUUGAUAGAAGAUUUGGGCAAGAUUCAUACGUACGUAUCCAACCAAAGAUUCUUUCAAUAUCAAAGAGAAAAGAGGCUGUAAACAUGUUCAGCAACAUCGAGAGUGGAGCGUUUGUUUGCUUAUUAGAUUAUCACGAUUGUCAAUCAACGAUUAGACUUUCAUCGGUGGAUAUAGUCAUACUAUUAAACAGCGACUGGAACCCUUCAGAUGACUUAAAAGCCCUUCACAAGCUUUCUCUCGAUUCUUCGCAUUUACGAAUCUUCCGCUUUUAUUCCUCUUUCACCAUUGAAGAAAAAUCUCUCAUUCUUUCAAAACAAGGCACGAUUCUCGACAGCAGAACAGCUUGCAUUAAUUACAAUACUUGCCAUCGGCUCCUUUCAUGGGGUGCAUCCUACUUGUUCAAUAACCUCUCCACCAAGUCAAAGUCAAAGUCAGACACUAGUUUAGAUGAUUUGGUUCUCGAGUUAUCAUCUAUGUUUCUGAAUAAAACUGAGAAUACUGAUUGUUUAAAAAGCUUAAUCAUUUCAAAAGCAACGAUACACGAUGGAAUUUAUUCUAAAGAUAUCUUAUUGAUGGGUGAAACUGAAGCACACACAAAGGAAAGUUGCUCAAUUGAUGAGUACUUGAUGGAAAAUGAACCAAAUAAUUUUGGAGUAAUUUGUUCAAAGAAACUCAUCAUAUCCAUACACCGCAAAAAUCGUCUAGCAGGCUACCUCGGAGGGUAA